CAGUAAAAAUUUGCUGGGCACACCCAUCUAGCAGGACGGUCUAACAUCGACCGGACCGAAUUGCAGUCUGUACUGUGUAGCCUAUGAUGAUGGAGCUCGAUCUCGAUUCCAUCCUCCAUUCACAUGCCCACACCUUCUCCGACGACGACGACGAUGACGAUCGCUUUAUCCCUCAUCGAACUGUCGACGAAAUUCUACUCAAUCACUCCUCCUCUUCUUCUGCUUCGCCUUCUCCUCCUCCUUCUCCGUCCACUUCGGUUAGACGUCAGGAACAAUCCGACGGCACUUCAGUCUCUCCUUCUUCCGAAGCCCUAAGAUUAACGCAUUCGCACUCGCUCUCUUCGGAAUUGAAUCCGUCUACUUCAAUUAUUACUCGAAUAAAGUCCGAUGAUUUCUCUUCUUUGCCUCCGUUUCUCUCUGGGGUUAUCAGAUCAAACGCCAAGCCUGGGGCUGCUCUGGCAGCUGCAGCUGCUGCGUCGCGCUCCAUUCCAACGCCUCACGCUGCCGCUAUUAGGAGAGCCAGCUCCAGCUCUGCAACCGUGCGAAAGGUUUUCAAGCACGGCCAAGACUUGGCUUCCUCAGCCGCCAAUGAUGCCGAGGUUGCCUCCUCUAGCAGUGCUGGCGCUGUUGAGGGGUUAGUGGCAACUGAAGAUAUAUUUACCCCUGAGAUUGAUGGCAGCUCUAAUAUAUUGGAUAAUUUCCAAUCCCCUAAAUUGCAAAGAACUGACCAGGCAGAUUCAAGUGGGGAACUUUCGUUGCCAGAUAUAACUCAGGAGAGUUUGAGCGGAACAAGUGGAGUUUUGGCUAAGGCGGAUGCUGAUAAUGAUGAUGAUUUAGUAUCUAAGAUAGGUAAUUCCGGCCAAUCUUCCUCCACUACCCCAGUUGAAACCAGCAUUGACUCCGCCAUAAGGAGUGAAAGGUGUUUCGAUGUUGAUGGGAAUUCUGUACAAUCAGAGUUACUGGAGAGAAAAUAUGAUAACGGUCAACAUUUACCAGCAAAUGAAGACAAUACUGUUUAUGCUGAAACCAUCACCACAGUAGAGGAUAUUCUUCCUUCCUCUGUUUCUGGCUGUGAAGUCAGUUUUGACAAGGAGAUAAGCCCAACAGUUCCUGAAAUGGAACUGGAGAAUGUGGUACCUGAUACUGGGAAUCAUGAGGUUCUUUCAGGAGGAGAGGAUAACAGUUCUAAGAAUGAAGCUGCAGAUAUUUUGGAAGAGCAAGUAAUGCAAGAGGAUGAUAAGAGGGAUAGUAUGAAGACAGGAAAGAAAUCCCUGCCUUCCUUAAGACCUAUUGAAUUAGCUGAAGAACUUGAAAAGAAGCAGACAUUUGCAGGAAUGCACUGGGAAGAGGGUGCUGCUGCCCAACCUAUGAGGCUUGAGGGAGUUCGUAGGGGAUCUACUGCCUUGGGUUACUUUGACAUAAGUGCUGAAAAUACUCUUACUCACAACUUCUCCACACCAACUUUCAGGCAAGAUCAUGGUUCCCCCCAGGUUUUGACAGUUCAUCUCAACUACAUAGCAGUUGGAAUGUCAAAAGGACUGGUUAUCAUUGUGCCCAGUAGAUAUACACCUCAUCAAGUUGACAACAUGGAUGCAAAGAUGUUGAUGCUGAGUUUACAUGGGGAGAGGGCUCAUAUCCCCGUAACUUCCUUGUGCUUUAAUCAUCAAGGGGACUUACUCUUUGCAGGAUAUGGUGAUGGGCAAUAUGUGGUGUGGGAUGUGCAAAGGGCCUCUGCAGCUAAAGUUGUGACUGAACAUAAAGCUCCAGUAGUUCACCUCUUUUUUCUGGGUCAGGAUUCUCGACAGUUUAAUGUGAUCAGUGGAGAUAGUAAGGGUAUAGUCAAAUUGAUUCGCUUUUCCAUAGUUCCCUGGCUCAAUAGGAUUUCAUUUUCUAAAUCUAUGAAGCUGCUAGAUGAAACAACAAGCACCGUAGUCUGUGCUUCUCCAUUACUCUCUGGUGAUAGUCUUGGAACUGCUCUGACACCUUCUCUAGACAGCAAUUCAGUGUCUGGUGGCAGUGUCGGUAGUAUGAUGGGAGGCAUGGUUGGUGGAGAUACUGGGUGGAAACUCUUUGAUGGAUCUUCUCUGAGUGAGGAAGGAGUGGUCGUAUUUGUCACACAUCAGUCUGCUCUAGUGGCUAAAGUGAGUCCUAAUGUAGAGGUUUAUGCUCAACUUCCCAGACCAGAUGGUGUUAGGGAGGGUUGCAUGCCCUAUGCGGCUUGGAAAUGUGUGCCUGGGAUGCACAAUUCUUCAAAUGAAGAUGUGCCUGUUGAGUCAUCACAUAAAGUUUCACUGCUUGCAAUUGCAUGGGAUCAUAAAAUUCAAGUUGCUAAGUUGGUAAAGUCAGACCUAAAAGUUCUCUGGGAAUGGACCUUGGAUAAUUCAGCAGUUGGAGUGGCAUGGUUGGAUGAUCAGAUGUUGGUAAUUCUCACGUCAACUGGACAGCUCUGUCUGUUUGAAAAAGAUGGAAAUCUGAUCCACCAGACAAGUUUCUCUACAGAUGGGCCUCGUGGAGAUGAUCUCAUUUCAUAUCAUACAUACUUUAGUAAUGCCCAUGGGAACCCUGAGAAAGCUCAUCACAACUGUAUAGCUGUUAGGGGGGCCAAUGUAUACAUUCUAGGAACAUUGCAGCUUGUUGUCUCCCGCCUCCUCCCUUGGAAGGAACGGAUAGAAGUUUUGCGAAAAGCAGGUGACUGGAUGGGUGCACUGAACAUGGCAAUGACACUUUAUGAUGGUCAAGCACAUGGUGUAAUUGACCUCCCUAGAAAUUUAAGUGAUGUUCAGAAGACUGUUAUGCCAUAUCUCGUUGAGUUACUAUUGUCAUAUGUAGAAGAGGUAUUUUCAUACUUAUCUGUAGCAUUCAGCAACCAAAGUGGGAAGUUGUGCCAUUCAGAUGAGUCAAAUGAUAAUGAAACUAAGGAGCAGUACGCACGGGUUGGUGGUGUUGCUGUUGAAUUCUGUCUCCAUAUCAACAGAACUGAUGUCCUCUUUGAUGAAAUAUGGAAAAGAUUUGAUAAUGAAAAACAACAAGAUACAUUCUUGGAGCUUUUGGAGCCUUACAUAUUGAAAGAUAUGCUCGGUUCCCUGCCACCAGAGAUUAUGCAAGUGCUAGUGGAACAUUACAGCAACAAAGGUUGGUUGCAGCGAGUUGAACAAUGUGUUCUCCACAUGGAUAUUUCAUCAUUGGAUUUCAAUCAGGUUGUUCGCAUAUGCAGGGAACACAUGUUGUAUGGAGCACUAAUAUACUUGUUCAACAAAGGUCUUGGUGAUUUCAAGGCACCCCUAGAGGAGCUUUUUUCAAUUAUAAGAAAUAGCAAAGGAGAGACUGCUGCGCCAUUUGGGUACAAGAUGCUUGUUUACCUGAAGUACUGUUUCCAGGGUCUUGCUUUUCCUCCUGGGCAUGGAACUCUCUCUACUAAAAUCCUGCCAUCUCUUAGAAAAGAGCUUGUUCAAUUUCUGUUAGAAGACUCUUGCUUGCCGAAUUCAUUGGCAAUUUCAAGCUUUCCAGCCAAUGGGCCACAUUCAAACCUGCUUUAUCUAUUACAGCUGGAUACUGAAGCUACAUUAGAUAUUCUGCAAUAUGCAUUUGUAGAAGAUGUUCCACAAUUGAACCAUAUUUCUGAUGAUUCAACCAAUUCAGACACUGAAUCAGCUGAAGUAAAUGGUUUGUCUGACAGUCAAAACUUGGUCCAAGAACUAGUAGAUGUCUUAGCUGCAAUUCUUGAUGCAAGUUUCUUCCAAAGUAGCAACUCUUGUAGCAGUGAUGAUGAUAGAUCCAUUGAUAUCUGGCCUUCAAAGAGAGAGAGAGAUCAUAUUUUGGACUUCAUUGCUUACUAUGUUUCUUGUGAAAGGGCUAAAGUCUCAAAAAGUACCCUAAGUCAGAUUCUUGAAUACUUGACUUCAGAGACUGAUUCCUCACAUAAUGCAUCUGAGAAUGAUGAAACCUCAAAGAGAAGACAAAAACAACUUGUUACACUUCUUGAAGUAUUGCCAGAGCAUGAAUGGGAUGCUCCUUACUUGUUACAUUUAUGUGAGAAGGCUCAGUUUCACCAGGUUUGCGGCUUAAUUCAUUCUAUCAGACAUCAGUAUCUUGCUGCUUUGGAUAGUUAUAUAAAAGAUGUUGAUGAGCCAAUUCAUGCCUUCUCGUUUAUUCAUGACAUGCUGCAACAACUGGGCAACAAAGAUUCUGAUGCUUUCCGGUCUGCAGUCAUCUCUCGAAUUCCUGAUCUAGCCAAAUUAAGCCGGGAAGAAACUUUCUUUAUGGUUAUUAGCCAUUUUGGAGAAAAAUUCCAACACAUUUUGUCUGAGCUACGCUCUCAUCCAAAAAGCCUCUUUCUUUACCUAAAGACACUCAUUGAGGUUCAAUCAAGUGGUAGCCUCAAAUUUUCUUCCAUGAGAAAUGAAAAUGUUUUAGAAUUUCCUUCUCUAAGAAAGGGAAUGCAUCAGUCACUAAAGAUUCAAGCCUACCUGGAAAGUCUGUCUAAAUUUCCAAAAGUUAUGCAAAACUAUCCAGUUCAUGUGACUGACGAAAUGAUGGAGUUAUAUCUUGAGCUUUUGUGUCAGUAUGAACGUAACUCAGUUUGCAAAUUCUUGGAGAGUCUUGAAAGCUAUAGGGUGGAACACUGUUUACGUUUGUGCCUGGAACAUGGCAUUACGGAUGCAGCUGCUUUCUUGUAUGAAAGGGUUGGGGACGUUGGAAGUGCACUUUCCCUGUUACUUUCUACCCUUAAUGAUAAGUUUAUUCUACUUGAUGCAUCCAUUGAGAAGGAGCUUUGUGGUGCUCGUUUGAAGCAUUUUAAUAAUCUUUUAGAGACAAAAGAGGUCAAUGACAUACUUGAAAUGGUGCACUGCUCUAUCUCGCUGUGCCAGCGGAAUAGCCCGAGGCUUGAUCCUUACGAGUCUGAAUGCCUUUGGUUUGAGUUGCUUGAUUCGUUUUGUGAACCUUUAAUAGAUUCAUUUAAUGAUAAAGUGGAAUAUGAGGGAGAUAAGAGUGUUGGAAUUUCAGUCAAUUCAAUGGGAAAUCUAAAGGAUGAAGGGGCUUGCAGAAUCAAGUGGAAAGUCUCAAAGUCCCAUCAGAAUGCUGAAGUUCUUAGGAGAUUGCUCUCAUUCUUUAUUAAAGAGAUUGUUGAGGGAAUGAUUGGAUAUGUUCGCUUACCAACAAUCAUGUUAAAACUGCUUUCUGAAAAUGGUAGCCAGGAAUUUGGAGAUUUUAAACUUACCAUCAUGGGGAUGCUUGGAACCUACGAUUUUGAAAGAAGAAUUUUGGACACUGCCAAAGCCUUGAUUGAGGAUGAUACGUACUAUACCAUGAGCUUACUCAAGAGGGGGGCUUCUCAUGGUUAUGCCCCUCGGAGCCUUACAUGUUGUGUUUGCAAUUGCCUUCUAUCCAGAAGUUCUAGCAUUCAAAUUUUCAGUUGUGGUCAUGCAAUGCAUCUGCACUGUGAACUUCCAGAAAAUGGUACGUCCUCGAAAGGUUCAUCGGUUGGAUGUCCAAUUUGUAUGCCUAGAAAGAAUUCUCAGAGGUCAAGAAGCAAAUCCAUGUCAUCAGAGAAUGGAUUAGUGAGCAAGACUUCGAAAUCUCAGCAAGGACAUGGGCCCGCAAAUGCUUUACAUCUACAUGAUAAUGAUUUUCUUGACAUCUCCUUCGGACACCACCCUGUUUCAAGGUUUGAGCUCUUGAGUAAUCUUCAGAAAGAGCAGAGGCCGGCACAUGUAGAACAAAUGCCUAAGUUGAGGCUAGCACCGCCUGCUCUUUACCAUGAAAAGGUAAACAAAAGGAUAGAAUUCCAAACAGGAGAAAGCUCAUCGAAAGUGGAAAAACCAAGCAGGAACAGACAGUUGAGGGACAUAAAAGUGAAGGGAUCAGCAAUAAGGUUCCCCCUGAAAUCAAAUAUAUUUGGCAAGGAGAAGAUUGUUAAGCGUUAAUUGACUGAAAACUGGAAAUGCAAAUGGUGUUUUAGUCGAGGAAACCGAGUAGCUGACAAGUAAUCACAAUUUAAGGAGCAUUUUGCAGAGACGGAAAUUGAAAAUAGACGUUUCUUAUUUUCUUUCAUUCUAUUAAUCUGUAAAUAACUUCCAGAAUAUAGGUUGUAAAUUUUAUGAAACAAUUUUGCCUGUGCUGUUGUAAUUACAAAAAAGUGUUGAGGCAGAGAGUUGCUUGGCAAAGAGGAAAAUGUGGACGGAUAUAUUUAGUAAUAUGAUUGCGUGGGGACAGAUGGUUUUGGUGUUGGAUUGAAA